AUUGGAGAGCGGUGGGGGGAGAAAAAGACCAUCAACCAAUAGCGUGCAACAUCCUGCUGGUGGAAAAAAGGGCUGAAAAACGAGCCGAGGGGGAGACCGAGCAGAGCCGAACAGAGAGGUCCUCGCCCGGUGUGUGGCAGCAGCAAGCAGCGAGCAGCAGCAGCAGCUAAUCUACAACAAAGCCCCACCAAUAUCUCCGAGGGGACGCGGAUCUCAGAGAGCAGACGUCCACGGCCUACAGAGUGAUCCCCGUGUUGUCCUCCUCGACCAGAGCCAGACCUUUCCCCGUGUUGUCAUCGAGCAGACCCGGACGGCAGCCCAGAUGGACAACAGAAGCGCGACAGAAGAGAAACCGGUGCAGCGAUCAAAGUCUCCUCUUCAGUCUUUCAGCUUUAAGACCCAGAGGGAGGUGUGCACGUCAUGUGACAAGACGGUGUAUCCCAUGGAGAGAUUGGUGGCCAACAACCAGAUCUUCCAUGCCAUCUGCUUCUGCUGUAAGCACUGUAACGCCAAACUCAGCCUGGGCUCCUACGCGGCACUGUCGGGAGAGUUCUACUGCAAGCCGCACUUCCAGCAGCUGUUCAAGAGCCGGGGCAACUAUGACGAGGGCUUCGGCCGCAAGCAGCACAAGGAGCUGUGGUCAGGAGGCAAGGAGUCUGAGACCAUCACCAAGACAGCGUAGACCCGCCCCCCCAACCCCUGACCAGACGCGCACCCACACACACGUGCACAAAAGCUCAACCCCCCCCCCCCCCCCCCCCACACACUAGUUUAGCCCACAGUUUACCUUCCCUUCUAUCCCCAUCCCCUGUAUGUUUUGAUUGACACGAGCCUCGACCCAAUAGGAGGCUGGAUGUAGUGGGAGGGGCCGAGUUUGGCACGAGCUCACUUCAGUGUCAUCGUCCCCCCGUCCCCCCUCAUGCGCAUGCUGGCCUUCACCACUGCAUUUAUAAGAGGUACACACACACACACACACGCAAAGAUUCCAACACAUGGUACAUGAUAGGCCAGGCGUGGUCACAUGACUCCCCCAACACGUAGUACACGAUUGGCCAGAUGUGCUUGCAUGACUCGGCACGAGGGUCGUGAUUGGCCGGUCAUGCGAGUCAAGAAUUGUAUAAUACUUUUGUUUUUUCUUUUCUUUUUUUUAUUACUACUACUACCCCCAAUUUCUUCCGUGGAAUUGGCCGUUGAUUGUGACCAAAUGCCUUCUCCGUCGCCCCGUAUCGGCCUGGAUGUAAGGAGUCAAAUUUGCUUUUUAGGUUUUUAUUCCUUUUCAUUUGAAUAUUUUCUUUUUGAAUAUUUUUUUAUUUAAAUGUUCACCUGUCGGUACCCAUAACUAUAUGCUCAGGCAACCAUAUCCGAGUCAGUGGAGCAUCCACUCUUUUUGCAAUGACGCACAUGCACAGCCCCCCAGGUCAGGUUCAUAAGGUCGGUCUACGUGUUAUUUUUUUUUUAUAUAUACAUCUACUAAAACACCAACACAACCACACAAUGACAGUUACCCAGAUUUUGACUCUGAUACGACUGUCUGUCGAAAGCAGCGUUGAUCAAAUGUACCUUCACCUCUCAUCUGUUCUGCUGUUCUGUCUAGAGUUAAUUUGGUCCUUCCUGGUUUCAUUUCUUUUUAAUAACCUGUGCAAAUCCAUCGCUUUAUUUGAGACCCUUUGCAUGUUUCAUGUGUGUGAAUGAGCCUAAAUAGCCUUACCAUCUUCUGACUGUAUUUGUGUUUUUAUAGACGGCGACGUGUUUCCACACGGAUGUUUUAUCAAACCACUUUCCUUUUAGUUUUAUUUCUUUGGUAAAAGUUUUACACAGCGCUUCUUCCAUCGUUCGUAUGCUGGGUUCGGCUGAUGUCAUCGAAUACUUUUGAUCUCUUAAGAUUCUGUGGUGAAAUAUUACUGGGUUGUUGGUGAUUGUUAUUUGUAUACUCUGUACAUAAAGCUGUACGUUGUGUUGUUAGUGAACAUGCCUCACUGUACUGUACUGUGCUCUUACAUGUAUGACCAUGCAUGGCCGCCGCCGGCUCAAGACAACGUUUUCAAUCAUCCAAGGUAAAAAUACGGUACUUUUUGGUUUUGCUUUCCCGUUUUUGGAACCAAAUGUUUUUAAGUACAUGUGGAAGAUGUUGGCUGGACCUGCGUGGUGGUGUCUGAGGAUAGUCAAUCAGCCCCUCAAUCCUCCAGCAAGUGACACCACAAUUCAGUCAUUACGUGUAAUGUUCCCCUCACCAGUGUUGGCAUUGUUUGAUCCUGUGAUUUCAUCUUUUUAUUGUAACAUUCCCCCCCCCAUCUCCCCUUUUGUACCCAUUGCUAAGAUUGAGGCAACCCGGCCAAGCUGAACAGCCUCAGUGGGCACGUAAUGUCAAAAUACAUUACUUUUAUAUUAUUAUGCAUGCGUCCUAAAACAUCCAUUCUUCCAUUUAGCAUGGAUUUUUUUUAAUUAUUUUUUUUUUAUUCCCCGUAAUUCAAUUAAAUCCCCCCCCUCUUGUGUCUUUAUUACCGGGUGUUGUUUAGCACCAGGACCUAUUAGACAACAUUGAACCAGUGGAGGGUCGGUCAGAAAGUAGGCUAGUCUCCUUUUGUGCCUGUGUAUGCGCCAUUCUAAUCCCUGCGCAGGGCGCCCCCUGCUGGGGAGUACUGCAAAAUUGUUAAUUCGACAGAAGAGACCUUUUGUCCUAAUUUGCUUUUGAGGGAUUAGUGCCUCCAACGGCAAAGCGGGCCCAUCCCAACAGCUUCUUUUUUUUUUUCUGCUCCUGCGCAAUAUUACCCAUGUCUACAUUUCAUUCUUUGACAAGAAUGAGCCCAAAGCCAUUCAAAAAAAUGACUCCUCCUCCUCAACAUAGGCCUAUAACAUACCUCUGACACUUGAAUGACGCACGGUAACUUUCGCGACUGAGGGUUUACUGUGAAUUGAGCAGGCUGUGCAGAAUAGAGCAAAGAAGAUAUUUGAUACUUUUGUAAAAAUGAGAAGCCUUAGAAAAAAAAAUUGCUAGUAGCCAGACUUCCUGCAGUUUAGUUUUAAAACCAGACUUUUAAAAUGCAAAGAUCUUUUAAAACAAAUAAACGGAUCUUGCCUCGUCAAAUAAAUCCUUUAUGCGGUUAUUCAUUAAACCAGCAAUUCCCAUAUUCCAUUAUCGCUACUUAAUUCCUCUAAUGUGACUACUUGGAUCAUUUUUAUUAUUUUUAAAUGUUUUAAGCUUUUUAUUAUUUUCUUUCCACUCCUACUCACUGUUCUUCAUCCAUCUUCCUAAGCAGUCCGCCAAGGUACAACUGCUGAACCUGUGAAAUCCAAAUGUUCUGAGAAACCGAAAGGCAGGCCUGCUAGCCCUCUACGAGCCUCCUGGACCUCCAUCAGCCUCCUUGAUCACUAGGGACCUGCUGGUCUUCUAGUGGCCUCCUAGUCUCCUAGAUGUCUCCAAGUCCUCUAGGCGUCUCCUAGUCUCCUAGGGGCCUGCUAGUCUACUUUUCUAUCCCGGUGCGAAGAGCCUCAGGUGAAUGCUAGCGUGGUUCCGUUUCUUUUUGAAUGUUGUGCUGAAAAAAAAUAAUCUUACUUUUUCAAUGCUGUAUUCCAUAUUUAAAACUUGAACGGUUAUAACAAGGGGUGGCUUAUUCUGAUAUUGUGUUAGUGGUCUUGGGUCUGUUCCUUUCCACACCUGUUCAGGCUCAGUGGUAUUAUAGGAGUAUGUCGUUUUUUGAAAUGUAAACACCCUCUUUUUACGCAAAACACAUGCAUCAUGGUUGUUCAUGUUAGCUCCAUUGUUUCUCAUUUUUUACAUGCUUUUGGAAGAAAAUAAAAAAAAUGCUGGUGUCGACCGA